AUGGAUGAGAGGACGUGGCUCUACGUGGGCCUUGCCCUCUGCAUAGGGGUCAUCAGCUACUUGAGCCUCAGUCAACGGCAAAAACAAGUCGUGUUCGAGCGAUUAAGGCUACGAGGCCGCAGGGCUUCCAGCGCGACGACACCACCGCGGUCGCUCUCGCCAGACAAGAAAGAUCCCGCAAACUCUCCGCCUAAAACUACAGAAUAUGUCAAUAGCUUCCCGCCCCUGAUUCGCGAUACCCUUGAGGAAGUUGCCAAGGCACUACCCAAGGAUCAACGCAAGGCUAUGGGUGAUCUCAAAUUCGACGAAAAGAACUGGAUGAAGUCCGUUAUGGGAUUCGAAGAGGACUAUCGGAAAUGCGAUCCUGACAAAUACGUCUUCACCGGUGUCAAGGUCCAAGAAGUCCGCGCUCUCGGCGACUUCCCGGACUACUCCACGAUCAGUGGAGUGCCACUGCCCAAGCCUUACCUCGAGCACGACAUCACCAAGGCCCGUCCACGACCAUACCGACCAUUCCGCUGGGUCUAUCACCAAACGAUGUCUCUGACCAAGUUGGAGCCCGAUUGGUGGCUCGAACUAGAAAACACUUACGUCGAGCGUAUUGCGGAGCGCAAACGGCUCUAUGCAGAGCACGGCGAGUCGAUCCUGGGAUGGCUUCCAGGCUCCGAACUGGCGUGCAAAGAAUUGAUGGAGAUGACGCUCCAAUUCCUGUGCGCUCGAUACCCGCAAUACUUUGUUCUGCAUUCCGACAAAAAGACCUUCGAGAACAAGAUCCUGGGCACCAAACAAGACGUCACGGCCAAGCACCCUUUGCUCGUCAUGCUGGACAACAUCCCUGAAGAUUUCGGCAUCAUGCUCCGUAACCCGGAGACAGGGUACUACCAUUUGCGGGCCGGUAUGGUUUGUUCGGCCAUCGGAUGGAACGUUGGCACCAAAAUCGGCAUGCAACUGCAUGAAAUCCACGCCCCGAUUCCGGAUUACAAAGAGAAGAUGCAGUUCAGUAUGGAUCGCUUCUUCACCAAAAUGCCCGCUCAAAAACCGAUCCAGCGCGGCUCCUGGGGUCUAGAAGUCGACAAGCCCCUCUACAUGCCACCCGGCGACCCGCACGAAAAGUACCGCGACUUCCAAUCGCCCGACCUCGACCGCUCACGCAUCCAUCUCCGAGUCGACUGGCAAACGCUACGCCGACUUCCGCUGUCCGGCGCGAUAGUGUUCAACUUCAAGGCGCUGUUCACGCCUUUAUCUGAGUUCCGCGACGAGCCGUACAUUCCCAGCCUCCUGCUCAAAGUGCUGCGUGACGGGAAGGAGAAUCUCAUGAAAUACAAGAACACGUGGCAUGUCGAGCACGUGGCCAUCCCGGCCUUGGAGGAGUAUGAGAAGGAGCAGAUCGAGAAGGGGAUCGUCGAGAAGGAUUGGCAGCCCCGUACGCUGGACGAAUCUCCUUACUUCCCCGGCUGGCGUGAGAAAUGGGUCAAGCAACAGGGCUAUGAGCCUGCACAGUGA